GAGAGUUUCAGGAGAUGGAGAGAACAAUGAUCAUGCUCACAAAACAAGUGUAUCUCCUCCUCCAAAAAGUCGUGCAUCCGCGUCGACAACUACAUCGUCCAAGCAAGGACAUCGACAUAACAGGCAAGUCGACGACGACCAGGGUCCUGGAGAUCAUGAUCGUACUCCACAAAGACAGAAACGUAGAAGACCUCCUCUCCAAACCCAUCCGACCCUUUUGACGCAGAUAUACGGCGUCUUUCAGGUCGCUCAAUCUCAUCCGAAGAGAAGUCGGCGGUACUUCAUGAUACUAAAAAAUCUGCGGUACAGAGGAGAGAAAAAUGAAGCUGCAACAAACUCAACCGUUGAGGAAGCGAUAAUAUCAAAGCAGGAGAACCAAGAACAAGAUGAUCCUACGUUUGCAGAGGACCCACUAGAUUUGAUCUGGAAGACGGAGAGCUUGUUAGCUUUCGAUCUCAAGGGUGUGGGGAAAAACCGUCGUCUCGAUGUCCUCGCAACAGACGCAGGGCUACCUUUGAGUCCAACUGCUGGAAGUAGCACGAUAGAUUCAGGAGCUACGGUAGGUCCUAAUCUAGGAGGUCCUAGUCUAGGAGUAGGUGGUCUUCUAACAUCAGCUGCGAUGAUUUCUUAAGGGUUACCGCAUUGCAUUCACAUUCUUCACUACCAUCCUUGGCUUUUUUUCCAGUAGGAAAAGUAAGGGUCAGGGAUGAUCUGAAGAGUGCAAUGUUGCAACCUCUAAGUUUCUGCCUUAUCAGAGACGAACCCACAGCCUAGUAAGCCUCGCGGACGCACGCUGUGGGACCAAAAUUUCAGAGAGUGGAUCAAAGGAAUGCCGAUUUGUCUGCGCAAACACGACAUGGAUUAUCUACAGCGCGCUUUGUGGAAUGACACUUGGUUCUUGUUGAAGAUGCAACUCAUGGAUUACUCUCUCCUACUGCUCAUCGGCAGAGAGUCACGCCGCAUUCAAAUGGGUCUGAUAGACUACGUCCGACCCUACACGCUUGAUAAGCAGGUGGAAAGCAUGGUGAAGAUGGCUGUUUUUAUGGACCAGAAAUAGUCUUCAUCUUCUGAACUACGUUUUUUAACAGCUACCACUACAGAAUCUUCAGAAGAUGAAAUAAGAAGAAAUAGAUGAUCAGCAUCCGCAUCAGCUCGAAGUUGUAGUUGCACAGGAGCAAGUUUCAAUUUUUCUUUUAGAACUAAUAUACCCAACCCCGUCUUCAUAUCUGCUUAUCCGCAAGGGCUGACGCCGUCUGUAAUAGAUCCGCAGCAUUAUGCGGAACGCUUGCUCAAAAUGAUUCAGAAGUCUUUCAUGCAGAGACUUCCUGAUUUUGAUGUGGUCCAUUUGCCUGCCUGAAGUAGACUUUCUGACUUUGAUGUGGUACAUUUGCGUGCUUCAAGCCUUGCAUGUCAUGACGGUCAUUUGCCUGAGAAUACCAGAAAAUUUCAACUACUCGUUCAUAUUUGUACAAUGUCACAACCAAAUUGAUAUUGAUCAGAAGAUGAGACUAUCCUUGCAGCAUUCUUUCAGACAGAUUAGUCCAAUAUAACAGCACGACGACUAUGUGUAUGUCAGUACAUAAGAUCAUGAAUGCCGAACAAGACGAC